AUGGACCAGGGGCCAGCGGAUAAGAUUCUGGCAGUGCUAGAUUUGCGAAUGAUUCCAGGAUUCCUUACCAGAGUGAACACUGGGAGGUCCACGUCGUUUGAUCUGUUGGACUUCGUGGAGUUCACUCUAUCGGGGCCGGACGCGACUGAGCAGCAGUGCCUGACAGAUCGCUUCUCCGUCGCCGGCGCCUCCUCCCUGCCCGUCAUCUGCGGCGUCAACGCGGGCAAUCACAUGUACGUGGACCUGGGGCGAGGGACGACCACCCCUGCGAGCCUCACCUUCGUCACGAUGGGCCCCUCCUUUGACCGCAAGUGGAAGGUCAAGGUCACGCAGAUACCUUGCAACACGGAUUAUACGGCACCCUCGAACUGUGUCCAGUACUACACAGGCGUCAGCGGUCAGGUCAGGUCCUACAACUUUGACCUGACCACCGGACUCGAGCUGGCCAAUCAGGACUACACCAUCUGCAUCCGGACCGAAAAGAACUUCUGUGGGAUUCAGUACGAGACCUGCGCAGACACCGUGAACACCAACUCCCAGUCCUUCACGCUGUCGGGCCGCCCCACGAGCACCGCCGGGAGCCUCGUGGGAGCGGCGUCCUGCACCAAGGACUGGCUGACGAUCCCCUGCGUGAGUGCGAGCGCCACCACGCCCGUCCCCUCCUGCCAAGACCGGCUGUGCGGCGACAGCUUCAACGUGGUGGAGUCCAGGACGGCGGGCAACGUGGUCGUCUAUUCCUACGUGAGGCCUUUCGUGCUGAUCUACCACACGGACGCGACUGAGGGGGGCGCCGUCCCCUCGGAGGAGAGCAAUAGGGGUUUCUGCCUAAAUUACGUGCAACAGCCUUGCGUGUGAUUUUCUUUUUUUUUUUCUUUUUUCUUUUUUUGACUUUCUUUAGUUUUUACUUCCUUUCUUUUUCUUUUUUUUUUUU